ACCCAGCAGGCUGUCGACCAAUCGUGUUCAUGUUGUCAUGCUGCGUCGCUCAAUCCCUUCUCAAAGUCAGGAUAUGAGUUGAUUAGCCUGCUAUUUUCCUCGAAAGUAUGAUUCCAAACUAUAAGAUAUUACAGAGAACGUUAAUUAUCUCACAUUUCUGAAAAUAUUUGUAAAGUUGUACUUCUUGUUCACGAAAUUGUUGUAGCUAGCGCUCCCAUUCACGCCUUGCAAGAGAGCUCCCCUUGUCCCAGAAUCACCCGGAAUGCACUGCGCGGCCCAUUGACAACGCCUGUGCGUUAACACUAUUUAUAUGGAGUUUCCCAUCUCAUCAAAAGUAUAUCUGGGUAAUGUAGCAAACCCAAGACACCUCUGAAGAAGGACAUUUCAGAAUGGCCGAGUCGCCUUUGUCCGGUGUGAAUGUAGUGCUAGUUAUGGCAUAUGGCAGCCUGGUGUUUGUAUUGCUAUUUAUCUUCGUCAAGAGGCAGAUCAUGCGUUUUGCUAUGAGGUCCCGCAGAGGACCCCAUGCCCCUAUUGGACACAAUGCACCCAAGGGUUUGCGGGAAGAGAUUGACGCACGUCUGUCCAAGGUUCAGGAAAUCCGCUUCGAGCCGCGUCUGCUCUCUGAGGAGGAUGAUAGGCUGAAGCACGGGACACAGUUCAGUUGCUACAACUACCUGUACAGGAUGAAGGCUCUAGAUGCCAUUCGGGACUCGGGGAUCCCGCUGCAGGAGAUGGGCCGCAACCCGAACGCCAUCACAGGACGCAGUUUCCGCAACUGGCUGCUGGAUCUGCGUAACUCCCACUCUCUGAUCAAGAGCAGCCGUAGCACCCUCAUUGACAACCUGUUGGAGGGAUAUGACAGUGCACGUCAUGGCACAGGGGUAUUUGGGGAAGAGGAAUAUAUGAAAUACCAGGAUGCUCUGAAUGAACUGGCUGAUGUUGUGAAAGCCUACUCCAGCACCACCAGUCUGGACCAGCAUCACCAGUCAGCAGCCAAGGACCUGACCGGUUCCCCAGCCCGCAGCACCCCCCCCACCAUCCAAGUUACCUACCUGCCCUCCACCAGCCAGCGCAGCAAGAGGCCAAAGCACUUCCUGGAGCUCAAGAGCUUCAAGGACAACUACAACACACUGGAGAGCACCCUGUGAGAGGUGACUGUUGGGUCAGUUCCAUUUCAAUUCCUGCUUGUUGAAUCCAUAGGAAUUGUAUUCAAUAGCAAUAAUUGGAAUUGUGAUGGAAUUGACCACAGCUUUGCUAUGGGGACUACCAAAAACAUAGUAACAGAUCAAGCAUGUAGUGUAUAUACUAAAGCUUGCGGAAGAUCACAUUGCAUGUACGUUUUACUUUAUUUCCAUUGGCAAUAAGGAGAAUUGUCCGAUAAUACAAAGCAUUUGAAUAGUCCUAUCGUCAUAUCAGGGUCUUUAUCCCAGGAAUCUACUACGAGUCUAUGGUACUUCAAUGUAUUGGUGCUGACACAUACACUAAGGACAAAGACCAUUGUACAACAGUUAUGCAUUACAACUGUUAGUUUCCCCUGCACUUGAAUUUUAAACUUCACAUGUAUGUAUGUGUUGAUUGGUUGUUUGUAUAGAUGAAGAAAAUAUAUUUAUAUUUUCAAAAGCUUUUUUUUUUUUUACAUGUAGAAUCUGAACUGUGUAUGUGAUCUUGUGUUGAGAUUAACACAUGGAAUGGAGCUAAAUUACUCUCCAUCAGUGUGUUUAGAUUUUUCCACUAGAUGCCAUUAGCAAGUUGGGGAGCAACAUGGUCCACUGCAGUUAUUCAAGGAACAGUGCUUACAAACUAUGGAUGCCAGUUAGAAAAUGCAAAGCUUAAAUGCUAAAUAGGAAUGUGAAAAUAGUAGAUAUACAUUUUAUUUUCAUAUCAGUGUACGAUUCAUGCCACAAUUCAAUUCCAAAUUUAAAAUUAAAUGUGAAAAUGGUUAAUAGAAAAAGCCAAAUGGUAAACAGAAAAUCAAAGGCAAAUUGAAAGUGGCUGUUUUUCAUUUUACAACUACCCAAUUAAUCAUUUUCUCUUUUUCAAUUUUCAUUUUCAAAGUGUAUGCAUAUUAUUUCUUGGAGGCGUGAACCAGGAGAGCAACACCACACCCCCAUGUGGGUUCUCUGUACAUUGAUUUUAGACUAGAGUAACCAACACACAGGGUGAGAACCCAGGUCUCCUGCGCACCAGAAAAGCAUAGGCCUGCUAAGCUGAAGCCUAGGCAUUGACUCAGGGAGCCAAAUGGACACCCAUUUUUUUGGAACCUGGGUUGAACAUUGGACUCAAACACCUGAUAAUCUGCUGAUUUCAUGAUGCCUUGCGCACGUUCAAGGCCCCCAGUACCAGAGGCAGCAAAGCAACCACACAGAAUCUUUAAACCUCCCCGAUUUUUGAUUGUAAGGAUGGUGUUCUUUUCCUUGACUGCUUUGUUUGGUUGUCGGUAAACAAAGCACUGAUCUAUACUGCCAAAUAGCUCAAACAUUGGUCCACAACAUUUCACCUGGGAUUUAGGGUUGUUUGGGUGGGUUUUUGACAAGUUUAUUCAGGUUUUCUAGUCUCCUUCAGCAGUGGUGUCUUCCUAUGUUUACCAAUGACCAAAUGAAGUAAUAGACGUAUAGUGGACAUCACACCUCAAACAUUGAAGACUUAGAACAGUUUGCUGCUGAAGAGUGAGCCAAAUUGCCAUUUAAAAGGUGCAGCAAGCUCAUUGAUGGCUACAAGAAGCCUGGAGUGUUCUUGGCCAAAGGCUAUGCUGUACUAGCUCCAGGUUACAUAUAAUUUUGUCCAUGUCAUUUGUCUUUA